GAUUUCCUCAGGCUCCCUCCCCCAAGGCAGGGUGGCUGGGAACCUGCCAGACAAAUUUAGUUCGAGGAGGGGCCAAGGAUCAUCCAGAAAAAGGGCAAGAACUUCAGGGCAGCAGAGGCACCCCCUCCGCCCAGAGGGAACACGGGAAGCAGCCUGCCCUGCCUCGGACGCCUCCCGCGGGAAGGAGAUUGUUCUGAGGAGUACGUAAGAUUGUGCAUGGGGAUGUGCUUUGAAAUGCCAAGGACGUUCUGCAUACACAUACCUUAGGACUCCCACAUCACUACUGAAGAGGAUGUGUUUGAAGGACAUAACUCAUGAGAGCAGUUUUGAUGGGGGACCCAGGGGACAAGAUGGACAAUGGCUGCUAUUCACGGUUUGGAGAUGAAGGUGGAGAAUGUGGGUGGAGACGUGGAAGGAGCGCUGGAGGAAGAGGAGAAGAUGAGAGAGGAUGGGGAAGGUGAAGAUCCCUUCAAGAGUAAAAAGGUCCACAGGAUUGUCUCAAAAUGGAUGCUCCCUGAAAAUGCCCGGAGAACGUACCUGGAGAGAGCCAACUGCCUCCCACCCCCAGUGUUCAUCAUCUCCAUCAGCCUCGCUGAGCUGGCUGUGUUUAUUUACUAUGCUGUGUGGAAGCCUUAUAAACAGUGGAUCACCUUGGACACGGGCAUCUUGGAGAGUCCAUUUAUCUACAAUCCUAUGAAGAGGGAGGAAGCCUGGAGGUUUAUCUCAUACAUGCUGGUGCAUGCUGGAAUUCAGCACAUCUUGGGGAAUCUUGUUAUGCAGCUCGUGUUGGGCAUUCCCUUGGAAAUGGUCCACAAAGGCCUCCGAGUGGGGCUGGUGUACCUGGCAGGAGUAAUUGCAGGGUCCUUGGCCAGCUCUGUCUUUGACCCACUCAGGUAUCUUGUGGGUGCUUCCGGAGGCGUCUAUGCUCUGAUGGGAGGCUAUUUUAUGAAUGUUCUGGUGAAUUUUCGAGAAAUGAUUCCUGCCUUCGGAAUUGUCAGACUACUGAUCAUCAUCCUCAUAAUUGCGUCGGACAUGGGAUUUGCUCUGUACCGAAGGUUCUUUGUCCCUGCAAAUGGAUCACUGGUGUCUUUUGCAGCUCACAUUGCAGGUGCAUUUGCUGGAAUGUCAAUAGGGUACACUGUGUUCAGCUGCUUUGACAAGACACUGCUGAAAGACCCACGGUUUUGGGUGGCAAUUGCAGCGUAUUUAGCUUGUGUCUUGUUUGCUGUGUUUUUCAACAUCUUCCUAUCCCCAGCAAACUGAUCUGCCCCUAAUAGAAACCAAUUAAUAAAAAGAGCCAUCUGGGAAAAUAAAACUGGAGAACUCUAUGAAGAAACGGAGAAGUCCCGGCAGAUGCCAACAAUUUUAAAAGAAGGCAGAACGCCACUGAGGUCAUCAGUUACAAAGACUUCUAACAAAAGGACUUAGGUUUUAAGGAAGGAGCUUCUAAAUGCAAGGGGAGGAAAGAGGAAGGCAGAAAAUGGAAGUAGAAACCAGAAACUGGGUCUUUCCCAGGCAUAUGGUAUACAUGCACGUAUCCUGUAAGAGAGACUUGUUCUUGGAGGUUGUAUCAUGGAGAGGGCUUGACGGAGUCCAUGAGUACUGUACUAUGCUGACAAUAAAACUUUUCAUACUUGUG